CUGAGAAAAAGCAUUUGCCAAUUAAGAAAUGCUUGCUUGAAAAACAGUUUUGUUCAGUCUGGUGGUUUCUCCCCCAUGAGUGCAUAAACACAUCUGCAAACUUCAGCACCUGCAAAUUUUGAAAUAAUUCCAGUUUCCUGCCACUCCUUGGAACAAAAAUAAAGAGCAAUGCGUAGGUAGGCGUUGCUCACAAAGCACAAAUUAUAAUUAACAAAAAAAGGUGUUGGGGAGCCUUAGAUUGCCUUAUCUUUAGUUGCUGAAAGCCUUGGUAAACUUCACUCGAGAAAUCUAUUGUCCUUCUGCACUAAGUUUUUUCAGAGGUGAAAACUGGAGAAAUGUGACUCACCCCUAUUAUAAGUUAUUGUAACUUUCCAGGCAACUCUAGUGAUGCUGGAAGUGUGGGUUUGAAAUCUGUUGUGUGCCUGGUUGCUUACCACAUAUUUUUCAUGCUGUUCGUCUGGUCAUAUUGGAAAACAAUCUUUACGCUACCAAUGAAUCCUUCAAAAGAAUUCCACUUGUCAUAUUCAGACAAGGAAUCCCUAGAGAGGGAGCCUAGAGGUGAAUCCCAGCAAGAAGUCUUAAGACGAGCAGCCAAGGAUCUUCCUAUCUAUACGCGGACAAUGUCUGGAGCAAUCAGAUACUGUGACAGAUGCCAACUUGUGAAACCAGAUCGCUGCCAUCACUGUUCUGUAUGCGACAAAUGCAUUUUGAAAAUGGAUCAUCAUUGUCCUUGGGUGAACAACUGCGUAGGAUUCUCCAAUUAUAAAUUUUUUCUUCUCUUCUUGGCUUAUUCUCUACUGUACUGCAUUUUCAUUGCUGCAACAGAUUUACAGUAUUUUAUCAAGUUUUGGACAAAUGGCCUUCCUGAUACUCAAGCCAAGUUCCAUAUCAUGUUUUUAUUCUUUGCCGCAGCCAUGUUUUCUGUCAGUCUUUCUUCUCUCUUUGGGUAUCACUGUUGGCUUGUCAGCAAGAAUAAGUCUACGUUAGAGGUGUUCAGAGCUCCCAUAUUUCGUCAUCGAACGGACAAGAAUGGUUUUAGUUUGGGCUUCAGCAAAAAUCUGAGGCAGGUGUUUGGUGAUGAGAAGAAAUACUGGUUGCUGCCUGUGUUUUCAAGUCUAGGGGAUGGCUGCUCUUUCCCAACUUGCCUUGUUAAUCAAGAUCCUGAGCAAGCUUCCACACCUGGUGGUCUUAAUUCAACAUCCAAAAGUGAGAAUCACCUGUUUCCUGCAAAGCCAUUGCGUGAUUCCCAGAGCCACCUUCUUACUGAUACACAGUCUUGGUCAGAAAUUAGUGCAAAGGCUGAAAAGGGCAAAGUUGGUAUGAGCAAUCCUGCAUUAACCAUGGAAAAUGAGACCUAGUUUCUCUUAAAAGAAACAUCUGAAUAUUAAAGGAAAGUUCAAGAAAAAGCAGUUGCUGGAAGGAGGAUAUAUUCUUCCAAAAAUCAGCCCUAUCGGCCAACCGUUCCUGUCUGCUCUUGUGUGGAUGUGCUCAGAAAAUAAACUGACAGAUAAUUAGCUGUCUCCAUAUCACUGCUUGAAACAUGAAACAAGACAUACUACUUUUGAACCACAGAAAGAAUGUUUCAGCUUAAAAUUACAGUCCUUGAAUGGUAAAAGAUAAUUCUGAGUAUUAUGAAAUGAAAAAAAAAAGGGGGCCGAGGUUAUUUUGCAAAUUCUGUGGCUGGUUUUACUUUGAUAUUUAGCACAAGAAAAACGCAACCUUCUAACAUAUCAGUCUUGCCUUGGUUUUGAAAAUUAACCUGUUAAUUCAGAUUGCUGCAAGUGGGUGACUUAAGUAUUUGCACUACUGGCUUUAUGGAGUGGGAGAACAAUCAAUGUCAAUGAUGAAUAAUUGAGUGGCUUGGUGGACUAUUUUCUUUUGCGCACUUGAUAAGCUAUUUUUGAAGAUAAGCCAACCUUAGUGAAGUAUCAGACUAUAUUUGGAAAGCAUGAUUGCAAAGGCUCCCUUUUCUCUCAGAUAUGGGCCACCAAUAGAUUGCAAAGUUACAGAAGGGGAAAAAAAACCCUCCUGUGUUAACUGAGUACUAUCUACUACUAGCUACAGUCAGUCACUUGUAAGCGGAGUGAUGUAAAGCCCAUAUUCAGAUGGAUAGUAUAUAAAUGAACCUGGCCAACUGGGGAUUUUGAUGAAAGCUGUGCAGGACAAUAUCCCUUACGAAAGGGGGAUUUUAUUGUCCCAUUGGGAGUCCUUAUCCCUGUAGGGAAAGGAAUGUUAACAUUUCACUUGAUUCAAAAAGGCUCUGAACCAACCUGUGUUCCUGAGGGGCACUGUCCUGCAAAAGCCUAGUUUGCUUAAUCAGUAGUUGUCUCAUUUCUCCUCUUAGUUGUUCUUUAAGACACUUAAUAUUCCUUGGCUUAUGCAAUAAGAAAUGAAGUACAAUCAAGGAGACUUAUUAUCAUAACUUGUGAUAUUUACAUUUAAAGGACAAUGGACAUUUGAUUGUAAUACCAAAAAAGCCAAACUGCUGCACAUGGGAAACCCCUUUCAAUUAUGUUAUGAGAUAUCAGCUUUCUUACGAUGAAAGUUUACCAGCCAGAUAAUAAAACAUAUAUUAUCAACUUUCAAAGUCAAGGAAGUUUCAGCAACACAAAUCUAAUUGUCUUGUGCCUUUCGUAUACACUAUGUUUAUGGUAUCACAGUGUUUACAUUUAAAUGCAAAGUAUCUGUGUUAUUCAGAAAACAACUUUAGGAGGACUUAGUUACACUUUUGACCUGGCUGGAUAAGAAAACUAGUCAUUUAAAAAAAAAAAAAUCAGGCUAAGCUCAGUUCAGGUGAAGCAGAAAAGUACUUCUGUUCUCAAAACUGAAUUGCUUACCAGGCUGGUUCACAAUGCUGAUUCCAGUUGUUUACUAUGGACUAGCAAACCUCUUUAGAAAACUGGCACUGUGACUAAGUGACAGAUUUCUGAAAGAAAAAAAAAAAAAAAAAAAAAACUUUUUUCCUAAAUUGACAACUGAAGUGAUGAUGGAUAGCCACUGGAACACAAACAUGGCCUUUUUUUUUUUUUUUUUUUUUUUUUUUUUCCCUAGUGGGGAUAAAGGUAUUGGUUUUAACUUCUCUUUUUUUCUCAAAAUUUUACCAGCCUGAAAACAUCCAUUUCUUGCCAGAAGUGCCAGAGUAUGGAUUCCUUGAUGUAGAACACUUUUAAACUAGCAUGAAGGUAGCAUACAGUUUACAUGAUGCAACCACCUAGCAACCAAAAGUUUUUCACAGCUGUUUGUUUGUUUAUUCAGUGCUGUUCUGUCAGCUUCCUUUGUAUCAGUGGUUAUUUAAACACUAACUUGUCAAGAAAUAGGGGGGAGAGAAGAAGUAUAUUUUUAACAAACACUUCAAAUUCUCUUAUCUGUAUAGUCUUGGUUUUACAUGGUUAUUCAGGGGGAAGUUUGUCAUGGAGCAUGCAUUUAAAAUUACUGUAGACUUGAAAGUCAGCUUUAAUAUAACUUGCUCUGUAUUUUUACACAAAGACUAGAAGUUCAGAUUUCCUCCCCAGCAAAAUUCAUAGUGGAAAUAGAUUUCUCUCUCUCAAAUACAGAUCUCACACUUGGCUUUCUACAGGAAGGAAACCGGCCUCCCUGCCUGUGUCCAGGAGCUCUGGGAGCUCUCGGUAGGAGGUGGGAAUCUAUGUAGAGGAAGGAGGAGAAUCUGGAAUCAAGAAACGUGCAUCUUCUCGAUGUCUCAGAACUUGCGUUUAGAAAGCACAAUAGCCCUAAACAAUCUGCAAUUUUGAUGUAGCCAGAGGCUGUCUCUCUAGUAGAAAACUGAUGGCAUCAUAGUGGUGGAAACAUAUGCUGAUGAAAGGAGGGAACGGGGAAAGAGAGACAUGGAGGUAGUUCAGGUGCAAAUGUUUGAUGUAGCUGGCCCAGAGGACAGUAGCUGCACCUGAGCUUAGUAUGACCAUGAGCUAUAUUUGAAGAGCAAUGUCAGCAGCUUUUCAGAGCUCCUGGCAGUUCUGUCAGUAUACAGUAAAAGUGAGCUAAUCAUGCUCCAAGUUACAGUUUCUGAUUUGACUCUAUUUUUGGAUUUAAGCUCCCAAACAUUUUGUGAACAGAAGUGAAAACUUAUCUUUUGGACAUGGGAGAAUUGCUGAAGAGGUGAUGGAAGCAAGAAUGCAGUGUUGUUGGUUGUCAGCUUACACUGUUCUUUGUAUUCUUGCUAGGCACUUUACUACAGCCUUAUGUGUAAUUUCUGUAAGUUUUUUUUAAAAGACUGCUUUAUACUUAACUGUACAGUUAAUCUUUACUAAUCUACUUUUUGCUAAAUAUAGCCCUGAUAUUUGUCUAAAGUACCCCUGCAUUUCAAGCUUUAGUGGAAAUUGGAUGAGUUCUACAGACUCCUUAGGUGGGCCCGAGUCCCUGAUGAUGGCAGGGUUUAACUUAUUUUGUAUACAUGUAACCAGUCAUAUGAAUCACUAGCCACUCAGGUCUGUGCAACAAGCUUCCUUAGUCUGGAGGGUAGAACAAUCCAAUACAUGUCUGCUCCAGAAGUAGUCCACAUGUUCUGUAUCAACUAAUGUACUGAAGUGAUACAAUUCAAAAAGUCAUCACAGAAAGCUAUUUUUAUUAGGGAAAAAAAAAAACACCUAAGAUAAUGGUGAGCUCCUUCCAUUAUGCUGUUUGCUAAUAGACACCAGACAACUGCUGAUAUGCACUUUAAUUCUUUAACUUGAAAAAAAAAAAACUGUCUGUCUUAAGUUGUAGAUUUAAAGCUCUUACAUAGUUUACAACUGUGGGCAGGUAAUUAAUGAAACACUUGUAACUUUUCUUUUUGACUCUGUACUUCUACUAAUCAGGGUCUUCAAGCAAAACUUCAGCAUGGCUGGAAGAAGCAAGUUUGAUCUGAAGUGUCUGUUUUAGUGCAUUGUAAAGAAUUAUGCUUCAGAAAUUCAAUAACUGUUUUGUUGAUUCUAAACUGAGACUGAAAUAUAGUUCUUGCCCUGAUUCAAUUGACUAGUAUGUUGGAUAGGGGGAAAAAACAUGUUUCCACAUAUCUUUAGUGUACAACUUUACUACUUGUUAAGGUAUUGCUCACAUAAAUAAAUGCUUCACAUUCAACAAAUGA